UAAUUUUAGAAGUACAGAACUCUAACAACUAACUUACAAAGAGCUACCUUAUCAUCUUUAAUCAUCUGCUGCCAGUCAACGACAACAAAAAAUAUGCUCUCUCUUCUAUCACUGCCAUAACCACCACCGCUGACACCACCGCCACCACCACCACCACCACCACAAUUGAAACUAAAAUGGGAAGCACUGAAGAACCUAACAAGCCAAACGAAUCCUCCUCUUCCCUCUCAGAGCCACUCGUCUCCAAACCCCCCUUAUAUCCUUCCGUAAUUGAAGAACCCGAACGGGCCCACUCUAACCCUGAUGAAUCUGACCCGACCCAGUACCUCCAGAUCUCCUACAAUUACGGUCCUAGACCAUUCAAGGACGUUCCUUUUCUAGUUCUCUUUGCGCUCUGUGUUCUUUGCACUUUUGGAUUUGGAAUCUUUUCUAUUUUUAAUAGAAACCCAAAUUACACCAAUCUGUCUUCCUAUACUUAUGACUUCAAUUCUACUUCUUGUGUUAAAGAUUCAGUCUUUUUGUCAUCAACAGAUGGAUUUUCUAUAACCCAUUUGUCCUAUUACUACUCUUUUAGUUCUUCUUCAAGUUCUAGUCUUUGGAAGGCUAUUAUAUGGAGUCUUGUAAUUACUUUGAUUUUAAGUGGGCCUAUUUGUUUUCUUUUGCUUUUGUUGCUUAAGCAUUAUACAAAGCAAAUAGUGUACAUUUCUCUUCCUUUCUUUAUUGUGUUUCCUAUCUUUUUCAAUAUCUAUUGGUUUGUUGCUUGUACGGUUAGUUCUUCUUGUAGCGAUGCAUUUCCUUUGGCUUAUAGAAUUUUGGUGUUGGUUUUCGUUUUCUUGGUUAUUGGGGUUAUUGUGUGGAUUUUUGUGGUUAAUUGGCAUAGAAUUGAGUUGACUGUGAUGAUAAUUGGGGUUGCGUCUAAUGCACUUUCAAAGAAUUUGGGGUUAUUUGUGGCCUUACCGUUACUGACAGUUGGUUUAGUGGUUUAUUAUGCGCCAAUUGUAGUAUUUUUGGUGUUUGCAAGGCUGAAUGGGAAAAUUGUACCAAAGGCAUCAAGUGAGGGGUACACUUGUGUUUGGAAGCAGGACAGCUGGGUGCCUGCUUAUUAUACAUUGGCAAUUCUUACAAUGCUUUGGUCUUUGACUUCAAUGAUCGAAGCUCAGGUUUAUGUAAUCAGUGGGACUAUCGCUCAGUGGUACUUUUCCAAGGAGGAUUCAGCACCUAAGCGGGGUAUUAGAAGUUCUAUGAGAAAUGCAUUUGGCUCUUCGUCUGGAACUGUUUGCAUAUCUGGACUACUUAUUUGUGUUGUUCGUAUUGUGCGUGCUGCUGUUGAUAGUGCAAGACAAGAGGAUACUCCUGGGAUGGUGACCCUUGUACUGCGGUGUUGUGUUAAUGCAUUGAUGUCAGCAGUAGAUUUUCUUAACAAGUUCACAGUUAACUUCGCAGCAAUAACCGGUGAAGCGUACUGCACUUCUGCAAAGAUGACAUAUGAACUUUUAAAACGCAACCUUCUCUCUGCUGUUUUUGUGGAGACAGUCUCUAGUCGUUUGUUGGCUGGAAUUGCAUUUGUCCUCUCAGCUAUAUAUGCAAUUGUGGUAUGUGCCAUCCUGAAGGGAGCGAGCAAGCUUGGGGUUGAUUCAUACUUUGUAGCUGUUCUUGCAUGGGCUCUGUUGAUUGUAGUGCUAGGCUUCUUCGUCCAUGUGCUCGACAAUGUGAUUGACACUGUUUAUGUAUGCUAUGCGGUUGAUAGGGAUAGAGGGGAAGUUUAUAAACCAGAGGUUCAUGAGGUUUAUGUUCACCUACCUAUUAGCAGAAAUCAUAGAUCAACUGCUGUGCCUAGAACUCCUGGUGUAUAAUACGAAUCUUUGACCUGUCAUGUUCUGCCAUUUGUUCUUUGUAUGUAAGUUCUUUUUGACUAGGGUGUGCAUACCUUCAAAUUGGUGCAUUGUACAAUUUUGAGGCGUGUUCAAUAAAGGGCUAUACUUGGGCAA